AUGGCUCCACCUUCCGUAUACGACACGCACUGCGAGGGUCCCGGACUGCUGCCCACCACCACGCCCUGGUCGCAGCGCUACUGCAAGCUUCGCCAGUACACCGGCGAGUCUCUCGCUACUCUCUCUUUUCCCUCUCCCACUUCUCCGGACUACGACUGCACAGGCAAGACCGUCAUCAUCUCCGGGUCCAACUCCGGAAUUGGCAAGGAGGCGGCGAUCUUCUUCGCUGCUGCGGGGGCGAACGUCAUCAUGGCCUGUCGGGUUGUCUCGCACGAGCAGCACCCCAAAGAGGCCCGCAAGGACGUUGUUGCUGCAGCAAAGGUGGAGGAUGACAAGGUGGAGAUGUGGGAGAUCGACUGUUCCUCUCUCGCCUCGGUCUCGUCCUUUGCUGCACGCUUCAUCGAGAGCGGCCGCACACUUGAUAUUCUCGUCAACAACGCCGGUCUCACCGCCGGCAAACGUCGAAUCACGGACGAAGGCUUUGAACUCACUCGCGCGGUCAACCUUCUCUCCCACGUCUUGCUGACUCUGUCGCUUCUGCCGGCGAUGAAAAAGAGCAAAGCACCCCGAGUGGUCAACACGUGCAGCAUCUUUCACCACGGUGCCAAGCUCGAUUUUGCCAACAUGGACAACGAGAAGGCGACACCCCUGGGACCCAACUGCGUCCAGGCGUACUGCGACUCCAAGCUCUGGCUUCUCAUGUGGAGUGUCGAGCUGCAGGAGCGAUUGAGUCGGAGUGAGGAGUACCGGCAUGUGGUCGUGCACGGCAUUCACCCCGGGUUUGUCGGGAGCAACAUCUGGGCCAAUCCGGAUAGCACGACGCCGCGGGUGCUGAAGAUGAUCAUCGGCCAACUGGUGAAUAGGCUGUCAGUCAGCUCAAAGCAGGGGAGUUUCGCGAUUGUUCACGCUGCCCUGGCGCCCGAGUUGGGCGUGCCAAAGGAGAUGCUGAGGGAGAAGAGCAAGCUGGAAAAGGGGGAGAGCGCCAAAUGGGGUGGCAAAUUCGUCAAUAGGAAUGUGGUGGAUGCGACGCGAAGGCCUGAGGUGGAUGAUGUGCUGGCGAGGUCCAGGUUGUGGCAGAGGGUGUGGGAGGAUGUCGAGGCGGAGAAGAGGGGAUUGGGCAAGGAUCUGCCAGGUCAUUUGGAAAGCGUCAAGCUGCUUGGCCAGGUCGCAAAGUGA